UAGAUAUCUGUGUAGGAGGGCAUGAAGUCCGGGAACAUUCUUUCAUGGGGUCAUUAUCAUCCAAGGGCCUACCUAAAACCAAAGAGAAAAGUCAUGGAGAGGGUCUUCCUCACUGAAGAGAAAGCCAAUUCAGUAUUAAAGCGUUACCCAAGAGCAAAUGGUUUUUUGGAAGAGAUAAGACAAGGAAAUAUUGAACGUGAAUGCAAAGAAGAAGUUUGUACUUAUGAAGAGGCAAGAGAAGCCUUUGAAAAUGAUGUGAAGACUAAGGAAUUCUGGGACACCUACACAAAGGAACAUCAGGGAGAAAGUAGCAAAGGAAGUAACUGGUAUCCAUUUUACCUUGCAUUUCCAUUAAUCAUUGGCCUUUUUGUUAUACUCCUCAUCAUAUUCAUAACUUGGAGAUAUCUCCUAAAAAAGAAAACUCGAAGACAAACCAUGUACAUGAGGCGGGGAGCUCUGGAAGCCAGUAGUGAUGGCACCAUGACAGAUGGUCGAGGCCCUCUCCCAUCCCACCUCAGCAUUGCUCAUUCCCCACAGGAAGAACUAUUUGACAGCGGUGGGCUGUCCCCAGGAUUCCUGGGUUACGUAGGUGGGCGCUCAGAUUCUGUCUCUACACGUCUCUCUAACUGCGAUCCACCACCUACCUACGAGGAAGCCACUGGUCAGACAAACCUGAGAAGAAGUGAAACAGAACCUCAUUUAGAUCCACCCCCCCAAUAUGAUGACAUCAUGAACUCCAGCUCAGCCAAUGCCAUUGCCAUGGUACCCGUUGUCACCACCAUCAAGUAAAGCAGAAAAGAGUCUUCAUUUUUCUGGUUCUUUUUAAACUACUAAUGGGAGAAUUUUGUAGCACUUUAUCACUGCAUAAUCAUGCAUUUACAUAACUUAUUGUACCUUCAAAGCAUACCACUUCCCCCCUCCCAUAUCAUUUUCCUUCUUGGUUUUUGUUUCUUUCUUUUCAGGUUUUAUCAGUGCUCAUUUUGGCUAGUGGGGAGAUAGGAACCCACAGCAGUGUUCAUAUGGGAGUGCAUAUAAAUGCCAACACAAUAUAUAUGCAACUGGCUUAAAAAAUCCAUCUAUCUUAGUCAUCUAGGAAGGGAGACUCACCAGAAGCUGCAAAGUGUAACACUUAACUAUAUUUGCAGAUUAGAAAGCCAGCAACAUGAUGUUGAGUUUUGCAAGUAGGAAUGCUAGAUUAACUUUCCUUACUAACUUCCCAUUUACCUUAAAAGGAAAAUGCAUGUGGUAAUCUGAAUUUAGACACUUCGGACAGAGAUAGCAAUAAAUGAUAAAGUGCUAACAACUUUUAACUAGUAUGAUAAUUGGUUAUUAAUAUUUCAGGGUUUGUGGUAUAUUUGGUAAAGAACCGAACAGUGUUUAUGUAUUUCUAGAUGACUUUGGUCAUAUUUAUUCAUUUCGUGCUUUCUUUUUCCUUUUGCCAUGAGAUAAUUUGUGACGUGGAUAUAGAAAUCUGUUACAGCAUGAUAUAUUGCUCAAAUUUGAUCUUAAUUCCCUCCUUACUUCUCCCUCCAUUAACACCAUCCCAAACUUUUAUCCCCUCCCACUCAGCUUUUCCCCAUUUUCUUAGGAAUAUAAUUAAGAUUAAAAACUCUGAAAGAAAAUUAUUUUGUUACAGUUACAGGUUAGGCUGAAGUCAUUGCCUCAGGCUUAUAGGGAGGCAAUUUCCCGUCAAGUUACAUAUAAAAAGAAUUAAAGCACUGUGAUUUUUAUAUUGGUUUUCUAUUGAUGGAGAAAGACUGCAAAAUCUGUGUAGUGCCAGGGGCAAAUUGGAAUCCAAUUACAGCCUCAUAUAGGUCUUUAAUUGUCACUGUUUUCUUUUUGUGUUGUUGUGUUUUGGGGGGACUACAGGUAUAACUCCCCAAAAGUAGGGAGUUGAUGUUAUGUUCCCCCAGGCAGAAUGUUUGAGAAAGUAAUGCAAACCUUUUGUCUUGGCAGCUGUGCUGGUCCCUGCAGUCAGGUGUGAGUUUCUGUGUUGCACUGUUGUGAAAUUGAUCAGCCCUGUCCACCUGAAUGUUUUCAUGCAGCCCCAUUCCCAUGUUCUCAAACACUUCUCCACACCACCAUAAACGCCAGUCCCCACGGAGUCAAAGGGAGUUGUUUCCUGGAUAAAAGAAAUGCAUAUUUGGCGUAAACAUAGAUGAGAAAGAUGAUGGCUUUGAACCAAGUAGAUUGUGAGUUAGUGAGAGGUUCCAGCAAUAGCAGUCCAUUGCCCGGGAACUGUGAAUCAUUAAUUCAUAGUGCUUUCACACAGUCAAGAGGGUAAAACAAACUUCUCUUGACCUUGCCACCACCAGUAUACUUCAUUCAGCCUUGGUCCCACUUAUCUUCUACCAUUUGUUACUGUGCUGAUAUCUGGAUUGCUUGCUCAGCAAUAACUGUCCAAAGGUCCAGGGAAAUUUUUAUAAGUGACUUUAAAUUCAAAAGUUACAAAAGAACUCAAUUAUGGACUACAGCCUUGACACUAAGGAUGCUGUUUUCUUGAGUCUCAUGAACAUGGCUAUAAAUAUAUACUAGACAGAGUUGCCUUCUCUAUAGAAUGAGGGAGUGGGAUUAUAUGGCCUCUGAGAUGUCUUCCAGUACAUAAUCUAAUACCCUUGAUCUUUGGCAUUUUUUAGAGGUUAACCAUUAGGAAUUUUUACUUCAAAAGUUUUUGGGGUUUUUUUUUAAUUGUUCUGUAGAAGAUGGCCAAAACUCUUCUUAGAUAAUUAGCAUAGAGCAGGACUUGGGUUGGACCAGUAACUAGAAGGAAUUGAAGGACAAGAGCCAGGUGUACCAUGACUAAAUACAGGCCUGAAUUAUGUUGAUUUCCAAUUUUAAGCUCCUGGGCUUAAUUUUACUGCUGCUUUUUAUGAAUAUCCAAACUGCAAUACAGAAUGGAUUUCGGCCUUUUGAAAUAAAAGGCCAAAUCCUUACAUAUAUCAAUCAGUGACUACAACUUUCGAUCAGAGAAAACCCUCUACAUGACUGAUAAAAGGCAACAAGCCAGAAAUGUCUGUGAAAGAGGACAGACGGGGAAAAUACCACCUGUUUUGUUUAAAAUUCAUUUAGGAUUUGGUCUUUCCACCCUCAUCCUGAAAUGAAAAUCCAGUUUUAUAGACUCAAUUUCUUAACAUUUGCAGAAGACAAGGGGCUCAUUCAAUGUAGCAAUAUAUUUUUUAUGUUUAUGCCUUUCCAAUCUGAUUGAUAUUGCAUUUGCCUUCAAUGGUUUUUAAUAAAGGUUUAUUUUUGCAGAAUAUAUUAACUACCUUUCUUAAAUUAACUAAAUUGAAUCGUUUUUGCAUUAAAUAACUGAAGUAGAAUUUACAGCCUUAGCCCUGGAUGUUUUACAAACCUCCCACGUGCUAUGACUGUGUUUGUGGACCUCUAAGACAAGCAACCUUGCCUUCUUUGAAUGUAACAAUGAGUUGUAUCAUAUGCAAACAAUAAAGUGAUUUCUGAUUUUCUGAUGACCCAUGUGGAUAGAGGCACUGUUGUUGUUCAUUCAAUAGCUGAAUGAUAACUUCAAGAUUGGUUACCUGACUGAUACCUGUGGAGGUCAUUCUAACUUGGUUUUGUGUAAAUAACAUGUAUUUGAUCACAAGAUUUAAUAUUUGAAGACAUUUGGUUUACAUUAAAUUAUGGUAUUUAAA